CCGUUUCCAACCGUCGGAUCGUGCGGACGUAAAAGAUGUCGCGCGUCAAGUGUGUCGAUCGCGAAUCAAAAUAAAUGAUAUGAGUAAUAAAAAGUAAAAGUGUUUGUUCAGUGCAAAUCAAAUGACAGGCUGCCUAAAUUAAUAAAGUUAAUACUUAAGCAUAAUCCAAGCCAAAGCGUGAGUUUCGGCGGGAAAGCGCAGUGAACCCGGAAAAGUGUGUUUGUAUAUAGUGAGAAGUUGUGCGUAAGCGCUCGCUUAUCGAACGGAUGCCAAUUGGCCAUGUGUAUAAGUAUAUUACUACAGCUGAACCCUGCGAGACUUUUGACUUGUGACACACUCAUUUCCUUUGGCCGCCACCAGUAAUCAGUGUGCACAAAAUGCACUCGGCAUUAUAAUCAGUAUAAAAUACAAACAAACAAGUGCAUAUAAAUUUCAAGCCGCAGACAAAACAACGAUAAAAAUGCGCCUGAGUGGCUGGGAAAUUCUCCUGCUGCUGCUGCCCUUCGGCGUGGUCAGUGCUGUCCGCCAGUUGGAGGAGAAUCAGAGCACCAAGAAUGAUCACCACCAUUCGGGGGAGCGACAGGUGCGUCGUCGAAAUAAUAAGAGCAAUGCCUCAGCGGACCACCAUCGCCAUGCGCCAUCUGGCGGACUGAAGAAGAACAGUCGCAGCCAUUCUGUGAGCCUGGAUUCGGAUGACUACGACUGGCUGGAUGCAGAUACUAGUGAGGUAAUCGAUAGCUCCGAGGUCACGGCUGUGGAAUCUGUAGGAUCGUCCGGAGAGUCGCAUGAUAUCUUCACAUGUUGCAAUCAGGUCUUCGGCUCAUGUCGCACAGCAUGCGAAAAUUUAUCUCUGGUGGAGCAUGCCACUGGCACUGGCGGCGACAGUCGCGAUGAACUGCACCGAUACUGUCAACUGCACCAGGUGGAGUUUUGGACCUGCGUUAACCAGACUUUUGACGCGGUCACCCGUGGAGCCGACUGGUCGGGCAGACGCUGCUGCCAAUUCGGAGUGCUGCCCCAUUGCCGCAACAUGUGCGCCACUUCGAGUCGCUCACCUGUGCAAAGUUGCCGGCGGAGCGAUGAGCAAACGCUUUACGACUGUCUGGAGCGGCAGGAGGCAGCAGAUCAGUGCUGCGGACAGGCCCGAACUUCCGAGUGUCUGGAGGCCUGUCGAGCGGUUUUCGAGCCCGCCAACGACAACCAUGACCACGUGGACAUCAAUGGAGCCUGCGGAGAUCGCAACGCGGAUGUCAUUCAGUGCGUAAACAACCACACGGACAUGACCCCACUGGCAAAUGCCGAACAAUACAUCCCCUGCUGCGAGUACAGCAGCAAGGAGCAUUGUCGCCACACCUGCCGGAAUCUUCUGCAUCAAAACGCCACUCUUAUGGAACGAAGUGAGGUGAUCUUCUCCCGCUUGGAAGCGGCAGGAUGUGGGUCGCCACUGCCACAACUUCCCUUCUGGCAGUGUUUUCUAACAGUGACGGGUAAGCUGUAUGUUCCGGGAGGAGCUGGAAGAGCCGGGGGAUCCUUAGCACAAGGACGGAUAUCGGGCCAAGGCGGAUCUCUAGGGGAGCCCAACCACCUGGGAAUGGAUGCGGCUAAAAGGCAAUGCUGCGAACAGGCCAGCAGCCAUAAGUGCCGACGAUUGUGCAACCAAAUCUUCACCAGCAAUUGGUGGGAUGCACGCUCCAGUUUUGAGAACGAGUGUAUGGACCAGCCUGGAGAGAGGGAACUGCGACGAUGCAUAGAAAGUGUAGAUGCACCAUGUGAGCUCGGAUGCCAGGGCCUUAGCUUCUGCUCCAACUUCAACAAUCGACCCACGGAACUCUUUCGCAGCUGCACGCCAGAACAUGAUGCAGCUGCUCGCGAGGACUUGCAGCUCCUGCAGCAGCGGGGAACCGUCAGGGUUCUGGGACAGGAGCUCUUCAUCAAGAACACCAGUCGAUGUGCUCCGGAUAAGUGGAGGGCUUUGGUCUGUGCCCUCCAACUGAAGCCCUGCACGCGAGUCGGUCUCUUCAACGGCAUUUGCAGUGAGGAUUGCCACGAGCUCUUGGAUGAGUGCCUGGACUGGACAUUGCAACACCAGCGGCCAAAGGACAUAUGUUCUCGUUUAAAAGAAAAGGAUGAUGAUGAUGCUCCACUGCCUUGUAUAUCCCUGGGGAGCUAUCUGAAAGCAGGAGAUGCCAGUCCAGAGGAGUUCCAAGGUAUCACUUCACCCUGCGCCAAGAAACCCUGCAAUGCCAGCGAAGUGUGUAUUCUGCAGCGAGGAGGCAAUCGUGGCUACUCCUGCAUACCGGGCUGCAAUUUGGGACAGGAUUCCAAGCUGUUUGUACCUUUCGGCUCAUAUGUGCGACUUGGAAAGAGUAAUCUCCAUAGGAAACUGGAAGUGGGUCAGUUUCCGCUGGCCGAGCAUAUUGUCUGCUCAUGUGGAUUGCAAGGCCGCCUGGAGCAAUGUCAACCUCUGCCGAGCUAUGUGCAUGCCCACUGCACCCUUCCAGGUGCCAGGAGCUACCGGCAUGGAUCCUCAUUCUACCUGGAGUGCAACCUAUGCAGUUGCUUCGCCGGUGAGAUCACUUGCACCAAACAGCAGUGUCGCCUGCCAGGAUUUGCAGAUUCCAGUUACACGAGUCUACCGUGCAAUUGUCCAGCUCACUAUGUUCCCGUUUGCGGCUCCAAUGGGAACACCUAUCCCUCGGCCUGUGUGGCCAAGUGCCAUUUGCCUGAGGGGGAUUACGUCUACGGGGCCUGCAAUGCUCGGAAUGCCUGCCAGGCAGCACCUCCAAACAGUUGUCCUUUCGGAACUCAGUGCUUGGACAGCAGGAAGGUGUGCCUGGCCAGCAUGCAGCGACCUUGUCUGCAAUACGUGUGUGUCAACGCCACCGCAUCCAACUGUUCAACCUUUCAUCAGGGUGAGGUAUGCGAUGCCCAGGGACGGACCCAUCCCAAUGCCUGUGCCCUGCUGAAAUCCAAUCCUCAGGGCCAAGUGGCCUAUUGGUCCGCCUGCCAAUCGAGUCGCUUUAACACCUCACCGUCACCAGUCUGUGGCAUCAACGGAGUGACCUACAAGAGUAGUUAUGCGGCCAGAGCGGAAUACGUGCUGGUGGAUUAUGUGGGUCGAUGUCGAGAGGUGGGCCUUUUGGUCAGCGAUAUGGGAAGACGCUGUAGGACUGUCCAGUGUCCCGCUCCCGUAUCCAAGCACUGUCGUUUGAUAGUUCCCCCAGGAGCAUGUUGUCCAUUGUGUGCUGGAGGAGCCUUCAGGAUAAUCUACUCGAGAAAGCAAUUCGAUCGCGCCAUGUACGGACUGAGGGCACAGAGCAGCACUCUUUUGACACUGCAUGGGGUGCUCCAGCAGCUGGAUGGACUGGUGCAGGUUAGCGAGUGCCAAUUGACUGGAUUCCUCACCAUGGAAGUAGGCAUCUUUGUGGCCAUAGUGCCGGCCAGCAGUAUCAAGAGACCCACGCGCCUUCAAUUGGAGGCCUGCGCCCGUGAGGCGGAAAAGAUAUCCUCCCUAAUCAAUGCCCAAUCUCCCAGGAUCACAACCAAUCUAGCUCUAUCCUGUUUGACAGUAUCGCAUCUACUAGAACCCACGCCAAAUGGAGCAACUUCUUAUGGUUCCCACGCCAUUUGGAUACUCCCCUUACUUCUGUUAGUUUCUAGAUUAAUCAUAGCUUAAGUUAGUCCUAGAAGGAGUGUGUAUCAUCUGACUCAAUCAAGUGAAUUCUUGGUGCCAAUUAAUCCGUUAUUCUAAGGAGAUGGAAAGUGCCUUCAACUGUAAGGAAUUGACCCUCUGUACCAUGUGAUAUUAGCUAAAUUAAUUCUUAAGCUUUAAUGUUCUUUUAUAGUUAUUAUUUACUUUAUGCCAGGGACCGUUAGUCAUAAAUACUCUUUGUUUUAACUAAUUUAAAUGUAUGUUAUAAUUUUUAUACUGCUUCGUGGUAACAUUUAAGAAAUUAAAAAUAAUUAUUUCAAAUCUGGAUCGUAAAAGUACAAAGAGAUUAAUGGACCAAACCCCGAUCAUGUUCCCUAACCAUGAGGUUAUAUUCUUAGGCAUUGAAAACAUUGUAAUAUAUUAAUUUUUGGUCCCUGGCUAGCGUUCGUUUAUGACCAAAGCAUUGUCCGCCUAGGAGUAUCGCUAGUCUAAUAAAAUCCCUCGAAAAACAGCAACUUGAGAUGAAGCAUGGCUUCCUUUAUUAAACCACUCCAUGUAAAUCCUGCCG